AUGUACAUCAAUAAUUCUAGGCUGUCUCUGGUAGAGAAGUUAUACCAUCUCACCGCUAAGACAAGUGGCGAUCCUAAGUCCAUAGUCGAGAAGUCCCCGCUCACUAAAUCUGGUUUCGAAUCGGCAUGGGCGGCCCUCCGAAACCGUUACGAAAAUAAUCGGCUCCUGGUGACCAACCAGAUUAACAUUCUCCUCUUUCUGCCUGGCAUCGAGUCCGAGACCAGUCGGGCUCUGAAAGAGCUCCAAAGCACUAUGCAAGCGGUCCUAACCGCCCUUGCCCUUGCUCACUCCAAGGUCUGCACCGACAAUUGGGAUAGUCUCCUCGUGACUAUCUGUGCCUCCAAAUUGCCUAAAUCUACCCGGGCUUUUUGGGAAGCGUCAGUCACUGACAAGAAGGAGGUGCCUCCAUGGACCGAAAUCGACUCCUUCCUAACUAAGCGGUACUUGACCCUAGAGGCCAUGGAGAGCGACCCAUCCAUUUCCAAAGGCGAUCUGAAUCCACCACCGUUCAAAGGUAAUCAGAAUCCGCAACCCACCAGAAGCCAGUGCAAUCCGUUCCGUUCCCAAGGAAAUCCUGUUCCAAAAACGUCUCACUCGUUCCAUAACGACAUUAAUCCAAGCAAGAACACAUGUGAUCUCUGUUCCAAAGAUAAUCACCCUAUCCGACUAUGUCCUCACUUCCUGCACAUGACCGUUGAGUCUCGUUCCAGCUGCAUUAAGCAAAAGAAGCUUUGUUUAAACUGCUUCGCAAAAGGCCAUCAACUUCGAGAAUGCCAAAGCACCCACAAUUGCAUCACUUGUGGGGGCCAGCACCACACGCUUCUCCAUCGUAUCAAUUCAGUUUCCAGAGAGUCCAAUUCCACAUCCGUACUCAAUUCCACAGCUUGGCCCCAGACGUAA